CCCACCAAAUCUUUCAUGGCAAUGACAGGACCUGAUUCUUUUUUCUUUAUUACAAAGCAAAAGAAUUCUAUUCUUCCAACCGAUACGAAAAUGGUGGUAAAGGUUGACCUCGACCUUGAGUGCCCUUGCUCCUACAAGAAGAUCAAGAAAGUGCUUUGCAAAUUUCCACAGAUACGAGACCAGGUUUAUGAUGUAAAAAACAACACGGUGACGAUCACCAUAAAAUGCUGCUGCCCGGAGAAGAUUUGUGAGAAGUUGUGGUUGGAAGGUUGGAAGAUAAUCAUGAGCAUUGAUCCUCUGCCUCCUCCUCCGCCUCCUCCCCCGCCUCCACCUCCGCCUCCGCCUCCGCCUCCUCCUCCUCCUCCGCCUCCUCCUCCGCCUCCUCUGGCUUUGGCUCUUUUACCGGUGGUGCUGGGACACUCACCGCUGGCGGAUAAACCAGCCGGGAUAUGUUGUGGACCAUGCUAUCGAGGUCACGGCUGGGGACCAUGUACACGUUAUCACUACUACUAUGGGUAUGAAAAGCCAGUCACAUUGCCACCAUGUUAUGGUAAUUGUGGUUGUGGUGGUGGUUGUGGUGGGAAUAGGGGGUAAUUAUGAGAUUCGGUGUGAUUACCUCAUUGAAGAAAACACCUCAGCAUGCUCAUUCAUGUUAUUAAUGGUAGUAUCUAUUAGUACUUGUAAGUGGUCAUGAUAGGGUUUGUCAUAUGAAUAAUGAGGUUAAUUUGUAGUCUGAUCAUGAUGUUGGUGACUAUAUAGUUAUUGAAGUUAUGGUUACAUUACGAUAUGUUAUGAAAUUUGAUUAAUAGAAGUCUUCAUUAAUCAUUCCACUAAA